GUGAUAAGUUCUCCCAUCCCAUCUCUAAUGUUCUUAUCAUCAUAAUAUCUCUAAGGUAAGGUGAUUUUACUAUCAAAUAUAUUACUUUCGGUUUAAUUCCUAAUUAGUGAGUCUUGUGAUUUUAUUCCAUAAACUAUUGGACCACAAGGCCCAAGGAUAACGUGUCUGAAUUUUCUGAAUCCGAGCUCACACAUCUCCCGGCCCACCAGCAUGGGCCAGCGUAACCAUAAAAUCAUGGACUGACGGUCAACUAGUUUCCAACACGUGUGCGCUCCAGGAUUAAGGUCCACAGAGCACGAUAGACCUCAGCAGUAGAGAACCCAGCAAGCCUCCUAAAAAACCCUAAUUCACAGGCUCAAACUUCUUCAUCCUUAACCAGUCGCGGCGGGCAGAGCAGACCAGCACAACCUGCGCUUCAAUGGGGAUCGAUCUAGUCGCUGGAGGCAAAACCAAGAAGACCGGGCGAACAGGCCCCGAAUCGAAUGAUGUUUAUCUCAAACUCACUGUCAAGCUAUAUAGGUUUCUUGUCCGGAGAACUGGAAGCAAGUUCAACGCAGUGAUAUUGAAGCGGUUGUUCAUGAGCAAGGCCAACAGGCCUCCGCUUUCUCUCUCUAGGUUGAUCCGUUUCAUGCGAGGAAAGGAGGAUAAGAUAGCUGUGGUUGUGGGGACUGUUACGGAUGAUGUCAGGGCUUACAAGGUUCCAGCUUUGAAGGUGGCAGCUCUGAGGUUUUCAGAGAGGGCAAGGGCGAGGAUUGAGAAGGCCUGUGGAGAGUGCUUGACAUUCGACCAGCUGGCCCUUAGAGCUCCUCUAGGGCAGAACACGGUUCUCCUCAGAGGUCCAAAGAAUGCUCGUGAAGCGGUGAAACACUUUGGCCCAGCACCUGGUGUGCCACACAGCCACACCAAGCCAUAUGUGCGGUCCCACGGAAGGAAGUUUGAGAGGGCUAGGGGUAGGAGGAACAGCAGGGGCUUCAGGGUUUGAUUUUGGUUAUAGUUGGGAGAGAAUUCAUCAUUGCUGCAUGUGGUAACUAAAAUUUUGCUAAACAUGUGAGGAUCCCUUGCGCCAUUGUUCUUGUUUUAUUUAUGCUGUUUGGAUAUUCUUGUAUGUGAUGGUGGUUCCAUUUGAUGCCUUCUAUGUUUUGAGAGUGGAUUCUUAUUUGCCUUUUUCUUACAAAA